AUGGUCGAAACCUCCUUUCAAAUCAUCUUCCGAAUUUUCACCUUCUUUUUUUCUGAGAAAAAAUGUCGUCAAAUGGAGAAUUCAGUUUCGGAAAGAACGCUCGACGAGUUGCACUCCCUUCAGAAAAAGAAAUCGGCGCCCACCACCCCGAUCAAGGGCGCCGCUGGCGCUUUCGCCGCCACAAUCACCGAAGAAGAGCGUCACAAACAACAGCUCCAAUCAAUUAGUGCGUCAUUGGCGUCGCUAACUCGGGAGACCGGGCCGAAGGUGGUUAAAGGGGACCCAACCAAGAAAGCAGAGACACCAAGGGUGUCACAUGUGACCCAUCACACUCCCACUUUUGGCAUUAGUGACAGUGCCCUCAAGUUUACCCAUUUCCUUUACAAUCUUUCUCCGGCCGAGCUUUACGAGCAAGCCAUAAAGUAUGAGAAGGGUUCGUUCAUUGCGUCCAGUGGUGCUUUAGCCACGCUCUCUGGGGCUAAAACAGGCCGCUCUCCAAGAGACAAGCGUGUUGUCAAGGAUGAAACCACAGAAGACGAACUUUGGUGGGGAAAGGGCUCACCCAAUAUUGAAAUGGACGAGCAUACCUUCUUGGUGAAUAGAGAAAGAGCUGUGGAUUACUUAUGCUCACUGGAAAAGGUUUACGUGAACGAUCAGUUCCUGAAUUGGGAUCCAGAGCAUCGCGUUAAAGUUAGGAUCGUUAGUGCAAGGGCCUACCAUUCCUUGUUCAUGCACAACAUGUGCAUUCGACCCACUCCUGAUGAGCUGGAGAAUUUCGGUACUCCAGAUUUCACAAUAUACAAUGCCGGGCAGUUCCCAUGUAACCGUUACACCCACUACAUGACUUCCUCAACUAGCAUAGACAUGAAUCUUGCUAGGAAGGAAAUGGUGAUUCUUGGCACGCAGUAUGCUGGGGAAAUGAAGAAAGGUCUCUUCAGUUUAAUGCAUUAUCUCAUGCCUAAGCGUCAAAUCCUCUCCUUACACUCUGGCUGCAAUAUGGGAAAAGAUGGAGAUGUGGCCCUCUUCUUUGGAUUAUCAGGUACUGGAAAAACAACACUGUCUACUGAUCAUAAUAGAUAUUUGAUUGGAGAUGAUGAGCAUUGCUGGAGUGAAAAUGGAGUAUCAAACAUUGAGGGUGGUUGCUACGCAAAGUGCAUUGACUUGUCAAGAGAGAAAGAGCCUGAUAUAUGGAACGCAAUCAAGUUUGGCACUGUUGUAGAAAACGUCGUAUUUGAUGAACACACUCGUGAAAUUGACUACUCCGACAAAUCCGUAACAGAAAACACUCGAGCUGCCUAUCCGAUUGAAUAUAUUCCAAAUGCUAAGAUCCCUUGUGUUGGACCUCAUCCGAAAAAUGUCAUUCUUUUGGCCUGCGAUGCAUUUGGCGUGCUCCCUCCAGUCAGCAAACUGAGCCUGCCGCAAACCAUGUAUCACUUCAUCAGUGGAUACACAGCUUUGGUGGCUGGAACUGAAGAUGGUAUAAAAGAGCCUACAGCAACAUUUUCAGCAUGCUUUGGUGCAGCAUUUAUUAUGCUUCAUCCGACUAAGUAUGCAGCCAUGUUGGCUGAAAAAAUGGAAAAGCAUGGAGCAGCUGGAUGGCUUGUAAAUACUGGCUGGUCUGGUGGACGCUAUGGAUUAGGCAGUCGUAUUAAGUUAGCUUACACAAGGAAAAUAAUCGAUGCCAUCCACUCGGGGGUCCUUCUGGAAGCAAACUACACAAAGACUGAAGUUUUUGGACUUGAGAUCCCGACUGAAAUCGAAGGGGUGCCAUCAGAAAUCCUAGAUCCUGUCAAUACGUGGGCUGACAAGAAGGCAUACGAGAAUACGUUGUUAAAGUUGGGAGGUCUAUUCAAGAAGAACUUUGAGGUGUUCUUGAACUACAAGAUUGGCGCUGACAAGCAGCUGACCGAGGAGAUCUUGGCAGCAGGACCAAAUUUCUAA